AUUUCAGAUUCUGUAUAACCCUUGCUAUAAGUAAUCCAAUUGUAAUAAUUGAACCGUUUUGCCUGAAUACAAGAGUUUUUUGUGUUUUUUCCCCCCCAGGGAAAUCUGAAAGAGGAUACCCUGUUACACAGCCGCAGCUCUUGCCAGGUGAUAUUAACAUCCCAGGGUCCGAUGGGCUUUCCUCGCCGGGCAUGAAAGUGUCAUCUCAGUUCUACAGUCCUCACCGCCGGAGGCCGGCCGACUCCAACAUUGAUCCGCUGCCCAAGAAGAUCCGGAAGGUUCCUCAUGGAUUGCCGACGUCUAUAUCUUCGGCCUAUCCAGGCUCCACCGGUGACGACUACACCCAGGACGGCACCGGAUACCCCGGAUCUAAAGCGGGAAACCUUUAUCCAGGCUUUUUUAACAUGCAAGACGGACUCCCGGAUCAUUGGGGUCAGUCCGGUUAUCCUCCGGUCAUGAGCAACUCGCCGCACAUCGGUCAGCCGGCCCCGUUCUCCUCCAUAAACCCACAGAAGCGCCAGCCUUUGCCCCUGUCGCCGCAGAACUACCCUCUCCACGGGAGCGAGGUCAAUAUUCCCUCCAGCUUUCACUCCACUUCUGCUGGAUACGGCGUUCCCAACCACACGCCGCCCAUCAACGGGAGCGACAGCAUCAUGGUAAACAGAGGUGGGAAUGCAGGGAGCUCGGGCGCAGAGAUCGGAAAAGCUCUUGCUUCGAUAUAUCCCUCUGACAAUAACGGCAACAGCUUCUCCUCGACCCCUUCCACCCCCGUGGGCUCUCCUUCAAAUGUUGCUGCCUCUGCAUCUCAGUGGCCCAAAGGUUCUUCUCAGCCUGCUCCAUCGCCUGGAUUUGAGACAGGACUGCAGGCACCGAGUAAGAUGGAUGACCGUCUGGGUGAAGCGCUUCAUGUGUUGAGGAACCAUGCUGUAGGCUCAGACAUGCACAGUUUACUGAGCGCAGCCGUCUCUGGACUUCCAGCUGGUGCCGCGGCCCUGGGCUCCCUCAGUCAGGCCUUCGGGCUCGUCAGCCGUCUGCCGGGCCUGAUGCAAAGUCUCAGUGAUGACGCCGCAGGUUUACCACUGCAAGGACACCAUCAGGCUCCGCCCACUUCUCAGUCCGACGUCUUUACCAGUCUUUCUCUGCCUCGCUCCUCUCACUCCUCCAACUCGGAUAUAAAGCGGGAAGAUCGGGAAGAUGAUGAGAACCUGUCUAUUGGAGAUCGAUCAGACGACGAGAAGAAAGACGGAAAGAGCUGUACGAGAUCGAGUCAAGAAGACGAGGAUGACGAGGACUUGCCGGUGGAGGUGAAGGCGGAGCGGGAGAAAGAGCGGCGCGUGGCCAAUAACGCCCGUGAGCGUUUGCGCGUGCGCGACAUCAACGAGGCCUUCAAAGAGCUGGGCCGCAUGUGCCAGCUCCACCUGAGCAAUGAGAAACCUCAGACCAAACUGCUCAUCCUGCACCAGGCCGUAAACGUUAUUCUCAACCUGGAGCAGCAAGUGCGAGAAAAGAAACACGCGAGACAUGAGGAGCGUAAUCUGAACCCGAAGGCGGCGUGUCUGAAGAGGAGGGAGGAGGAGAAGGUCACGGGAGACCCUCAGAUGCUGUCUGGUCUGGGUGGAGACGGACACGGACACAUGUAACAUUCAGAUCCUGACGCAAGGAAUCUCUCCGUCGACGUGGCCUUAUCUUCCUGUUCUUGUUCCAGAGUCCACACACAUACACACAUUCUUGAUUUAUAUAUUAUAAACAGAUGUGUUGGAAGACUCACAUACACACAGUACACUUCCCGAGCCGCUCGCUCGGCUCUAAACACAGUAUGUGCUCACGAACACACACAUUCAUGGACCAUUGGUGGAAAUCACCCGUGAGAAACGGCCCGGGACCGUCCUGCUGUUGAUGGAGUGAUGUCAGAAUUACAGUGUGCUGUUAUAUAGCACACACACACACACACACACACACACACACCGACCCAUGAGCCUUUGCUAUUCAACGAGAGGUCAAGCUCCGCUGUGGGAACAGAUUCCUUCUUUUUGUAGUAAAUGUAUUCAAGUUUAACUUUCUUUUUUGUACCGUUUUGUGUUUAAGAUGUUGGAAGGAAAUGCAUUUUUGAUACACGUUGUUUUUGGGGAUGCGCGGAUCACGCAAAAAAACGUCACGUUUCACCCUUUAAAACCUAAAUAUUUUUCUUCCAAGAAAAUUAUGCCUGUUUUUUUAAGGAUAUUUAGAUUUAUUU